UUCCGCGGCCUUAGCACCCGGGUAGGCCGCUGCGCACCGGGUGCGGCGCGGGCCACCGGCGCGGGCUAACGGGAGCCGCGAGUCCCGCACUAAUUGGAAGCCGACUCGGCGCUGGAGGGAUCGGCGGGAAAUGGCGGACGAGGCGUUGUUUUUGCUUCUCCAUAACGAGAUGGUGUCCGGAGUAUACAAGUCCGCCGAGCAAGGGGAAGUGGAAAAUGGACGGUGUAUUACUAAGCUGGAAACCAUGGGGUUUCGAGUGGGACAAGGACUGAUAGAAAGGUUUACGAAAGAUACUGCAAGAUUCAAAGACGAAUUAGACAUCAUGAAGUUCAUAUGUAAAGACUUUUGGACUACAGUAUUCAAGAAACAAAUUGACAAUCUAAGGACAAAUCAUCAGGGCAUAUAUGUACUUCAGGACAACAAAUUUCGGCUACUCACUCAGCUGUCUGCAGGAAAACAGUAUUUAGAACAUGCAUCAAAGUAUCUAGCAUUUACAUGUGGCUUAAUCAGAGGUGGCUUGUCAAAUUUGGGAAUAAAAAGUAUUGUAACAGCUGAAGUAUCUUCAAUGCCUGCCUGCAAAUUUCAGGUGAUGAUACAGAAGCUGUAGAGAGCAGUGGAGCCCAGGAGAGACUGCUCCUGCACGGAGCUCUGCAAGGCCUGGUUUCACCUCGUCGCUGGAUGUCUGUGCCCGAGCAAAGAUGGCAUCUCACCAGAGUCACACAGACCAAGUGAAAGCAGAUAAAUGUCCUUCUACCACGACAUAAGCUAACUGAACUGUUCAAAGUGAUUUCAGUGGACCAUGUGAUUUCAAACACCAAGAUGCAAG